AUGGUUGGUUUCAACGCUGAGUUCUUUGCCGUAACCUAUGGGGCUAUUGUCACAUCUCUCUUAGAGGAACUUCAUGACCCAGGAAUGGUCACAAAGGAGCUGGACAGGAUGGGCUUCAACAUCGGACAACGGUGUGUCGACGAGUACUUGGCAAACUCAUCUUCUAUCUGCACAAAGUUCCACCACACAGCCACUGGUGUGCUAGGUGGUCUAAAAAUGUUUCUGGGCUGCGCCUCCGGUACCAUUACAGGCUGUGAGCCCGAAUGUAGUGCCUACACCAUUUUCGUUGAAAACAAUCCGCUCGAGAAAUAUGUGAAGCUCCCUGCUCAGCUGGACCGUUUAGUUUAUUCGCAAAUAGUUUGCGGGGCAAUUCGUGGGGCCCUGUCUUUGAUUGGAUAUAAUGUCACAGUUGAGCUCAUUCCUGCUCACAACGCAAUGGUCCACCCCUUACACCUUCGCGUUGAGCUUCAAAAUGAAAUCACAGAGAGCUUUGCUUGCUGA